UUAACACGUCGUCCCUGCCGCGGACGCUGCCUCGCGUUGCGACGGCCACGAGAAUCCCCUCAGCGUCGGCGUCCCUGGCGGAUGCACUCGCGGAGUCGUCCUCGGGAUCAUCCGCCGGAUCCGCUCCCUUAAGCUCUCCGAAGGCGAAGGCAGGGGGAGAUGGGAAUGGGAGGUCGGUCCUGUGGUACGCGGCGAGGGACGAGGGCCUCAAGGCGCCGCUGCGGUGGGAGAAGAAAGCGCGGAAGCCGACGCCCGGGGAGCACCUGCUCGACCCCGCCGAGCUGGAGCGGCUGCGGCGGGCGAGAUGGGGGACGGGUCGGUGCGGGCCAAGUAGGCCGGGGUGACGACGAGGUGAUGGAGGGCGUGUGCAGAGUGUGGUCCGGCUGCCAGGAUCUCGCCGCCGUCUGGGUCGUCGAGCCGCAGGGUGGGGUGACGGAAGCCACGACAAACCCGCAGCAGCCGGCGGUGGCCGCCUCCGGUAGGCGGCACACGGGCCCUCCUACCGGCGUCGCAGUCGGCAAGCGAGCCUGCGAAGUGGCGUGGUGGAGCGGACCCGGCAUUGCAUUCAUCAGGGCCUCCCUGAGCUGGUAUCAUGUGAGGUACAAGGCUGAGGAGAUUGUAAGGAUUUGAUCGCCAAGACUCCCGAGUUCAGUGACCAGCUGCAAUUGCCCAACCGCCCAGACAGACCACACCACAUUCUCCCCAUAGGAUCCUGGUAUAUUCCUCCUACUUCAAAUUCUCGCUCAUGUUCUGAAUCUUAUCAAUCCAAGUCAUCACACCUUGCUACAUUUCAACAAGUGUGUGACUGAUCUUCAGUUCCAGUAUAAUUGAUGUAUCUAUACUCUUUAUAAGUUCUCACCGGAGGCAUCAUCAGAUCAACGUAUACGUAAUCAGAUUUGUUGCUUCAAAUUUUGUUCGGGUAUGUGCUUUCACUGAUUACCUUAAUGCCAGUAAUUCUUGAUUUUCGCUUCAUAUAUGAAAUGAUUUAGCUGCACUUGAUGAAUAUCCUUCAGUACACCUGUAAGUUCUAUAGCAAAUGGUUGUAAGCAGUCUCAGUUCGACUAACAAUAUUGAUGGAUACCAAGUACUACUACCGAUCAUCCUUGUAAACUAUCCCAACUCUAUAUUAGUUCUAGCAAAUAAUCUGAUAGAAAAUAAUCGAUUUCAGAAAAAGUCUGCAAAACUUGUAAGUUUAUGCAAUUCUGCUGUUUUAAUCUUUGCACUAAGAAUUUCCAUGCCUAUAUUUUUUUAGGUAUUCUUAGCAAUUCAGAUUGUACACUGAAAUUUAGGUACUUUUCGAGAGCUUACUGUACAAUAAAAUGAUCUACCUUGCAAUAUCAUUUUUCUCACAAAUGAAGAAAUUCAGAGCAUCUAAGUCUUAAAUUUAUCUGCUAAAAUAUAGAUAUUUAUACUUCAUGUUUGGGGUUCUAUUCAUGAGCACUAGGCACUUCUCGACACCGCCACAAUUAUUCUAGAACCUCUUUAAAUUUGCAAUGCUCAUCAGACCAUGUCACGUGUCCAGUAUAGGUUUUCCAGUCAACUAUUCAAAUUAUCGAUUGGGGACGAUAUUUUCAGUCCUACUGAAUUUGCAAAGGAUGCGCCAAGCCAAGAUUAAUUAUGAUUUUUGUAAAUUGCAUCGGCUUACUUAUGUACCUGCUCCUUAGAUGAUAGUGAUUCAGUCAUGGAAAUUUCAUUGCUUUCUUCGAGUGUCCGGAAAACUGAUUCAACACACGUUUGCCAGAAACUGUAGAUUAGCAAGACUAACGCGUGUUGAGCAUGUCAGCCUUGCCCCCAAGUUUUUUCUUACUGUAGUACGCUGCAAAGGCUUUGCUAUUGGUUAUUUUAACCGAUCACAAUACUCCAAAGAGAAACCGUGAUAAUAAGACUGCCCCUUUUGUGUUUUCUACAGAAAGUAGUCUCCAUGCUUCUCAAAUCUGGGUGCUGUUUUGUCCAGAGGUGUUAGGAGCUAGGGUUCUGCCGGUUCU